CCCAAAUCCCAUCUUCAUCUCUGACCUCCUCAAAAACCCUAACCAUGAACCACAUCCUCCUCCACUCCUCCACCCUCCCACCCAAAAUCCACAUCAUCAGAGCCUCCACCCCACCAACAGACAGAGUCAUAGUCUUUGGAAAACACAAGGGCAAAAUGCUGGGCACCCUCCCAUCAACCUACCUCAAAUGGGUCUCCAAAAACCUCAGAGCCGGAGACACUGAGCAGUGGGCCAAGCUUGCGGACCAAGUCCUCCAACACCCACUUUACCAAGACCGCCUAGAGUGGGAACAAGCCGAGAGACUCCUCACAGGCAAUGACGCGGCCUCACGUGGGGUCGAGAACCCAGCUGAAGAACUCGCCCACCUCUCUGAAACCUUCGGGUGGGACAACGGCGACAGAGUUGGGUGGAGUAGAGUUGAUUUUGGGCUUCUGGGUACCUCAAAAACUGGGAGAAUUCCAAGGGUGGGAUCUGAGAGAGGCGGAGGAGAGGUGGCGGAGGGGGAGAAAAAUGGAGGGUCCGGUGGAGGGACAGCGAGGAGGAGAGAGAGGUCAAGAAUGAAGGGUAGGAUGGGGAUUGUGGAAAAGAGCGGGGAUAGUUUUGGAAAUACUGGGGGAGAUGCGGGUGAUGAAGAUCGGACGGUGGAGAAUCGUCACCGCCCUCACAGCCCUGUCCGCAGCCCUUUUCCUGGCCGUCAAGGGCUCCUCAAGAAAGUGCUUGAGAGGAAAAGAUUCUUGUAAUUUUAUUUUUAUUUCUUUGGGAAAUUAUUUUGUUUUUUCUUAUUUUUCUUAUUUAUUAAUGUGAAUGAGACAAUUCUACUACAAUCUUGGAAUUA